CGCGACCCUCAAACUUGUCUGCGAGGAAUAUUUUGCCGUGGACAACGCGGAUUAAAAACAAAUAAAUUAGUCUUUUGGAUUAAUUAUUUUAUAAAUGGGACACCGAGACGCCUUUAAUUUUAGCACGUUGUGUUUUGUGCCAAGUCUGAUGAUUUUAAAAGUCAAACUGUCUUUAUCUAGAGGACUCAAACAUGAUAACUGUAGGCCUAGUCUGUGUCGAAAUAUGGGAUUUAUAUCCUCUAAGCAAAUAGAAAUAAAACAUUAACUAAACUUAACAGAAUUAACUAAAUCUUUGUUCCUAACCGCCAUUAAAAGAUAUUUUCAGUUGCUCACCAGCCGUUGAUGUUCUGGGACGUUCCAAAAAUAACGGCACACAAGGAAACGGCGAUAUUGUACGGGAUUGUCUUGCAGUCAGCACUUAGGGCAGAAUCACACAGAGCGGUAUCUGCUGGACGAAGGCUAGCAUCAGCUAGCAUUAGCUGGCUUUAAUUUAUGGGAAACGAAGAAGCACAAUUUAAAAUGGGCAAAGCAGCGCAGUGAAUUAUGAAUCUGCUAUGAAUGACUCAGGAGAAGAGUUGGGGCUUCAUUCGCUGCUGCCCGGGACACUCUUAGCCGUCUGGAGGAUUAGGGAGGAAAACAAAAGGAGAAUUUUGUCGUUCCGGACUUCCUUGACGCCCUGACAACAUGGCCAGUCCACAGCAGAGUGAGCUGUCCUACGCCUGGGAGAAGUACAUGGACUGUAGACUGCAAGGAGCGGAUCUGCAGCCCCCUGGUGUGCAGUGACCCCCACCCAUCUACCUACCCACCCACCCCCUCACUACUUGGGUGGGUUGGUUUCUCCGCUGUUGAAGUGUCACCUUCUCUGCCCCUCCUUGACCCUGGUCAGCCUUCAGGGUCUGGAGAAUUUCCUCUGCCUCUUUCACUACAUGCAGCAUCAGCCCAACCACAGCACCAAAGAUGCACUGAAAUUCUGCUCAGACAUGAGUGGGGCCAGUAACACACUGGCGAGGGAGUUCCUGACUGAUGUUCAUCAACUAUGCAGCGCGGUGGCCCAGAGAGCAGAGGCACGGGAGGAAGAUGAGGAGGAGAGUCACAUGGUGGCACUGGGAGAGUAUCUGGUCAGGGGACGGGGCUUCCUGCUGCUCAGCACCCUGGACUCCAUUAUUGACCAGGAAUUGACCUGCCGGGAGGAGCUACUCACUCUGCUGCUGUCUCUUCUACCACUGGUGUGGAAGAUCCCUGUGCAGGAGGAAAAAGCCCCAGAUUUCACCCUGCCGUCCCUAUUGGAGGUAUUCCUUAGCCGGGAGGUGAAGGCCAGCCCUCUCAGAGCAGGACAGAAGGCUGCAACAGAUGAACAGAACUCUGGGAAGAGGUCCCGUGUUGGCAGUGGCACCUGGAAGUCACGGCGAUCGCGCAGGACAGCACAGAGAUACUCUGUAAAGGAUGCUCGGAAGUCCCAGGUUUCUACCUCAGAUUCAGAAGCCUACCCUGAAGACAAAGCUGUCCCGGGCCCCGGUGGCGCAAGGAGCCGAAGGUCACAUGGCUCCACCAUCCGGGUAAGCUGUCAGCAUCAUCGUUCCGAGAACUCACAGUUAACAUCCACCGCCACCAUCACCACAGACACCAUGAGUGCACCAUACCCACACCCCCGAGCCCCUGGGUCCCAGUCGGCGGACACUGAAACCCUGACAGACCCAGCUGCAAUAUCAAUUUUCAACCGCAUGGAAAACUCACCCUUCGAUCUCUGCCAUGUCUUGCUUUCCCUGCUGGAGAAGGUUUGUAAGUUUGAUAUGAGUAUCAACCACAACCCUGGCCUGGCAGUCAGUGUCGUACCUACUCUCACUGAGAUCCUGACUGAAUUUGGCGAUUGCUGUGGCCCAGGAGGGGGUGGAGGUGGAACAGGGGUAGAGGAGCUUGCUGGAGGAUGGACGGAAGAGCCCAUCGCACUGGUCCAGAGGAUGCUUCUGCGCACCAUCCUGCACCUGAUGUCAGUGGACGUGAGUCAGAGUGAAAAUCUCCCAGAGAGCCUCAGACGCAGCCUGACAGACCUGCUGCGAGCCACCCUCAAAAUCCAGAGCUGCUUGGACAGACAGACUAACCCUUUUGCUCCUCGGCCUAAGAAGACCCUGCAGGAGGUCCAGGAUGACUUUUCCUUCUCUCGCUAUCGCCAUAGGGCGCUGCUGCUGCCUGAGCUUCUAGAGGGAGUAGUACAAGUACUGCUGGGUUGCCUGCAGGCUUCCACACCCAAUCCCUUUUUCUUCAGCCAGGCGCUGGAGCUCAUCCAUGAGUUUGUCCAGCACCACGGCCUGGAGCUGUUCGAGGCCACAGUGCUGCGGCUAGAGGGACUUUGCAGGACCAGGGAUUCUGAAGUAGUAGCAGAGGCUUCAGAGAGACUUCGAGGUCUUAUUGCAGGCGUCUUCAAGAUCAUCAGUGCUGUCAAGAAGGCAAAGUCAGAGCAAUUGCAUCAGUCAGUGUGCGCCCGACGCCGCCACCGCCGCUGUGAAUAUUCCCACUUUCUGCAUCACCACAGAGACCUGUCAGGUCUGCCCGUCUCUGCUUUUAAACAGGCUGCUAGACGCAACCCCUUUGAGGAAGACGGAGAAGGCAAGGAAGGGAUGGAGGGUGAUGGAGUGCGUUACCCCGAGCGCUGCUGCUGCCUGGCUGCCUGCUCUCACCAAUGUCUGCGACUCUUGCAGAGACUCUCCCCCAGUGGGCCAGCUGUGUUACAGGUCCUGGCUGGGGUGCAGGCUGUUGGAAUCUGCUGUUGUAUGGACCCCCGCUCAGUCGUAGAACCCCUGCUGCAUGCCUUUCAAGCUCCAGGGCUGCGUAGUUACCAGUCUCAUGUUCUCAGUGUCCUGGGCAGACUGAUCCUAGAUCAGCUUGGUGGAGGGCAGCCCUCAGAGAAAGCCAAGCUGGCAUCCUGUAACAUCUGCACUCUAGACAGAAGCCAGCUACCAGGCCUGGAGGAGACACUCCAGUACGGGGAACCUUCAGCCAUUUCUACCAGUCUGUGUUACCGCUCCCAAGGUAUUCUGCCAAGUGGAGGGGGGGCAGAGGACAUGUUGUGGAAAUGGGAUGCUCUGGAGGCCUACCAAGAGCUAGUGUUUGGCGAGGACUGGCAGCUGAGCCAGCAGAUAGCUGGCCAUGUAUGCCACCUGACUCUGCGGGGCAAUGCUAUAGUGCAGUGGCAGCUCUACACGCACAUCUUUAACCCUGUGCUGCAGCGAGGGGUAGAGCUGGCCCACCAUGCCCAGCAGCUGGGAGUUUCCACUGUCUGUACUCAGGUCUGCAGCUAUCACACACAGUGCCUGCCUGUGGAGGUACUACUCAUUUACCUGCAAACGUUACCUGCCCUUCUCAAAUCAAGGGUGAUCAGAGACCUUUUCGUCAGUUGCAAUGGGCUCAAUCAGGUGACUGAGCUCGUCUACCUAGACCAGACGCGCUCUUUGGCUUUGAAGGUGUUUGAGACGCUUAUAAUUGGCGUUGGACACCAGCAGGCUGACGGGGUGCUUCAGGAGCUGGAGAGUGCUGACGCUGAAGAAAGGGAGGCCGUCUUGGGCUUAGCUGAGGAACUAGGGUCCCGCGGGGCUGGAGAGGGUCCGCAGAGCCUCAGCAAGUUUUACGAAGGCCUAAAGGAGGCCUGUCCACGUCACAAGAGCCGGGGUGGGCAGGGCCGUGGGCCAGGGCGCAGCCGAGCAGAGACUCACCUCCAUGUUAUUAACCUCUUCUUGUGUGUGGCCUUCCUGUGUGUCAGCAAAGAGGCUGAUUCUGACCGGGACUCAGCUAAUGACUCUGAGGACACUUCAGGCUACGACAGUACAGCCAGCGAACCUCUUGGCGGGCGACUGCCUUACUUGUCCCCAGAUAGCGUGGCUCUGCCCUCCAAAGAGCAGGUACGACGUGCUGCAGAUGUUUGGUCAGUGUGCCGGUGGAUGUACCUGGCCAGCCCCUUGUUUCAGAGGCAGUUCUUCCGGCUAGGAGGACUGGAUGUCUGCUUGCGCCUCAUGGCCAUGGUUAUUCAGAAACUUUCCUGUAAGACCAAGGAUGGGAAAGCAAAGAAGAAGAGGGAUGGUAAGGGCAAAGGCAGCCCUGAGUCCACAGCCCCAGCUACCUUAGUGGGACUGGAGGAGACACGUCACGAUUCAGCCGACACCCCUGGCACUGGUCCAGCUGAGGGAAAGACCAAAGAUCCAGCAAAGAAGCUGGAGGAAGAGUGGCAACUACAAAGUAUCCGUCUCCUUGAGGCCUUGCUGGCUAUUUGUCUGCACAGUGCUAACUCAGCACUGCAGAGGAUAGAGCCUGAGCUUUCUUACCAGCUCCAGUCAGUGGAAGAGACCCUGUUUGAGGUGAGAGACCAGCUCUCUCGCUCAGGGGUGGUGAACUCUGACCUUGCUGUUCCUCUGUUUGACUCGCUCCUGAGAGUGGCCUUAGCAGAGGUGUCAUCUGGUCCUGAUCCCCCUGUGGAGAAGCCAGACAGGGUGAGUCCUGCCUUGGGAGAAACUCUCCAGGUGUUGGCGGAGGGGGCGGCCCCAGCAGGCGAUCUGUCUGAGGAGGUGGACGAGGCGCAGAGCUGUGGCGUCAAGCCCCCGGGGGAGGAGGAGGGCUACGACGCUGACAGUGAAAGCAACCCUGAGGACAUGGCCAAGCAGGAAGAGGGAGUGAAGGUGGAGUCUGCUGUGCUGCGUGAGUUUGAGGCGGUGGUGGAAGGGCCCGGGCGUGGCGUGCUGCUGUUCCCGCAGAUCUGCACAAUGGAGCUACAGCUUCUCGCCACCAGCUCGCCAGACCUGGAGGUUCUGAGUCAUGUGUUUCACAGCCUGCUGGGUGCUGUACAUGCCAACCACCGCAAUGCUGCCUUGCUCUAUGACCAGGGAGGAGUCAGAACCAUUCUGUCUGGCUUUCACAACAUCCUCAGCCAAACAGACCCCUCUUUUACAGAUUGCCAGACUGUGCUCGUGGAGCUGCUGGUUGCCAUGGUGAGCCACCGAAUCACAGCGGAGGAACUGGCUCUAUUGAUUCGCCUCUUCCUGGAGAAGACCCCACCUACUGAAAUUUUACUGAAAGGCAUCCUACAAAUUGUUGAAGCCAACAUGAAUAUGGAACCUCUUCACUUCCUGACCUUUCCAAUAAUCCUCGGGGCUUCGACACCAGGAGGGCUGUCCACUGGCUCCAGACAGAACGGUGCUGCUGGAGGGAAAAGCGUUGGUUUGAUCUGGAAGGGUAAACUGUCUCCUGGGCGCAGAGAGGGAGAAAUCGACCACCUACGUUACUCUCCCUGGCACAUUGCUCCUCUCCACUUGCCCCUGGUAGGGCAGAACUGCUGGCCCCACAUGGCCAGCGGCUUCAGCGCCUCUAUGUGGCUGAGGGUGGCAGAGCAGGAAGAGAGGGACGGGGACAAAGACGAGGAGUGUAACGCCCCUGCAGCCGAGUCCCACCAUGACUCCUCUCAAGCUGGGACGAGAUUAGUAGAGGAAGGCCCUGGCCUCAUUCAUAUUCUGUCCAUGGGCUCCAAGGCACUGAUGCUUCAAGUGUGGGCAGACUUCUCUACAGGCUCUCUCACAUUCAGGAUUUGUAUAGACCCAAACGAUGAGAUAAAAGCAGGGCUGCUGGCGCAGGCAGACUCUGGUGAGGAACUAGUCACUACAGGCCAAUGGCAGCACCUUGGCCUCACUUACACUCAGCAGCCUGAGGGCAAGAAGAACAUCCAUGGCCGUGUUGUUGUCUGGGUGUGUGGCAUCAGAAAAUGUGAGGUUUCUUUGGACUACACCCUACCCAGAAAGUCCAGCUUAUCAUCUGACAGCAACAAAACCCUCUGCAUGUUGGGCCACUGUACGCCGUCCGCUGGGGAGCUGUUGAAGCAGGGUGGACUCUGGAGCAUGGGCACUGUGCUUCUCUUCAAUGGAUCUAGAAUAGGAUCUGAAGAGGCUCUCUACCUGUACACCAGCGGGCCUGACCUCACCUCGAUAAUGCCCUGCAAAUAUGGCAAGCCCAGUGGGACAUUCUCCAAGUUUGUCACUGAGGAAGGCCUGAAGUGUGAGCACGUACGAGAGCUUCUGAUGAAGAACAAGGAUGUGGACACAACAGCUUUGGUGGAGAGCUUGGCCGUAGUGUAUGCCCCCAGCAGUCCCAGAGUCUACACUAUAUAUGAGCCUGUAAUCAGACUGAAGGGUCAGGCCAAGACGGUGGUUACCCAGCGGCCGUUCAGCUCCAAGGAAGUGCAGAGCAUUUCCCUGGAGCCGAACUCUCUCAGAGCACUGCUCCCCACUGAAACCCAAGGCCUGCAGAGCGUCCUGCACAAGAUCGGAGGAACAGGAAAUUUUGUCUUCCUGUUUGCACAGACGGUGGAGCUGAGUGACUGUGAGAAGACCCAGGCUCUGGCCCUGCGGGUGCUGCUGUCUUUAUCCAGGUUUAACCAACACCGCAUCCAUGAAAUGGACUGUUACCAUGGUUACUCUAUGAUCCACCAGGUCCUCAUCAAGUCCAAAUGCAUCGUGGGAUAUCAUAUGCUAAAAACUUUGCUGGAUGGAUGUUGCACUGGACCCAUCCUCAUCCUGGGGGACGAUGGGCAGUUCCGUUUGGACACCGAGUCCAUCGCUGUGGUGCAGGAUAUCAGGCUUCUCUCAGACAUCCUGUUGGACUGGAAGAUCUGGGCCAAGUCUGAGUGUGGAGUGUGGGAAACACUGCUUGCUGCCUUAGAGAUCCUCAUCAGGGUGCACCACCCUCAUCAGGUCUUCAACAUCCGUCAGUUCCUUAAGGCUGAAAUAGUGCAUCGCUUCCUGCUCACCUGCCAGGUGUUACAGGAGCAUCGGGACGAGUAUCUGACUGCCGUCCCGCAGGAUGUCUGUCUGUCAUUCGUCAAAAUCAUCCAGGAGGUACUCGGGUCUCCUCCGGACAUGGACCUGCUAAAACUGAUCUACAACUUCCUGCUGGCUGUUCACCCACCUACCAACACCUACGUCUGCCAUACUCCGUCCAGCUUCUACUUCUCACUACACAUAGACGGGAAGCUGUACCAGGAGAAGGUGCAGUCCAUUAUGUACCUGAGACACUCCAACAGUGGAGGAAAGUCCACCUGCAGCUCUGUGGUGUCACUCUCCCCAACCGUCUUCACUGAUGCUCCACAUGAAGGCCAUUUCCACGCUACGUCCCCUGAACAUGGAGGUGAUGAUCAGUCGUUACGGCUACCUAGUGUGGCACCGUCUCCGUACUCCUCUCCUCUGUUGACACCUCGACUCGGACACGGUAGCUCAAAUGAGGCAGGUGAAGGCGAUGGGGUUUCCCUCGCUACACAGCAGGCUCUUGGCAGCACGGAGACACUCAAGAAGGGCGGAGGUGAUGAGCAGCUCGUGAGUAGCUGUGAGUCAGCCAAGACGAUUUGUGAUUCUAAGGACAUAGGUGAGGGAGGAACCCUGCGCACUCCUUCCAUCAGCGUGGAGGAGGAGCGGGACGAGGCGGCGGAGGUGGACAGCCUAGCAGAGGGCAGUGUGGGCGUGGCGGAGUCCGAGGACAGGUUUGACUGGGCUAGCGAUGAGGCUCCGCGCCGCCCUGACAGCCUGAAAGGCAUCCAGUCUUUCCAGAGGAGCCACAGCAACCUAGCCAGUCUGGGCCUGGCCUUCCCAGCUCCAAACGGCUCACUGGCAGUCGGCCGCUGGCCAAGUGCAGCUGAUCGAGGCUCCAUGCCUGAAGACUGGGAGAGCUACACCUACUCUCCUGGUUAUGAGAGGACGCACAGCAAGACUGAGUCCAAUGACAGGUCCAGCACUGAGGACUGCCUGGUGCUGAUCUGCUGUGGACUCUAUGAUCUCCUGAGGGGCAUCUUGCUUCUGUUGCCUGACCUCAUGCUUGAGGAGGUGAUGGACAAGCUCAUCCAGCCAGAGGCCCUCAUUGUCCUGGUCAACCACUCGUCACCUCUCAUCCAGCAAGGAGUCAUGAAGCUGCUGGAUGCCUAUUUCAGCAGAGCCCUCAAAGACCAGAAGGAGAAAUUCCUGAAGAACCACGGCUUCUCGCUGCUGGCCAACCAGCUGUACAUCCACCAGGGCAGCCAGGGGCUCCUCGAAUGCUUCCUGGAGAUGUUGUUUGGACGGCCGGUGGGCCUGGAGGACGAUCUGGACCUGGAGGAAAUGGAAAAUAUCUCACCCUUCAGAAAGCGCUGUAUCAUCCCAGUGUUGGGUCUUAUCGAGAACUCCCUGUAUGAGAACUCCUUGGUGCACAACAUCCUAUGCAUGCUGCUGCAGCUCCUCAACGCCUGCCCCAAGCUGGCAGACAUCCUGCUAGACCAUGGACUUCUCUACGUGCUCUUUAACACCCUCUCCACCCUCAAUGGCAUGGAAAACGGUAUUCCCCUGAAUGACUACAAGCUCCUGGUGUGUGACAUCCAGCAGAUGUUAGUAGCUGUGACUAUCCACUCCUGCAGCUCUUCAGGGUCCCAGUACUUCCGCAUCAUCGAAGACCUCAUUACCUUGCUGGGUUUCAUGCAGACCAGCAAGAUGCGUCGCACACAGGAGAUGGCAGUGGCUUUGCAGUUCCGCGUCCUUCAGUCGGCAAUUGAGUUCAUAAAGACGACAGCCAAUCAGGAACCUCAGAAGCUGAGCAGCUGUGUUAAUGCGCCGAUCUCUCCGCACCACGCCAUCCAUCAGAAGCGCAGGAGCAUCGCGGGCCGGCGGCGGUUUUCCUUGGCCCAGAGUGACUCUCUCCUGAUGCGGAUGCGCUCUGUAGCUAGCGAUGAGCUCAAUCAGAUGAUGCAGAGGAGGAUGAGCCAGGAAAACCCCAUUCGUGCCAGUGAGACCGAGUUCGUCCAACGGCUGCAGAGACUUGUGGUUCUUGCUGUCAACAGACUGAUUUACCAUGAUGUGAGUCAGGACUUAUUUGACCUGCUGAAUAUUCCCGACUCUCCAGACCAACAGCUUUUCACACCAGAUCCAGGUGAUCAACCACAGGAUGAGAGUGGCUGCACCUCUGUCCCACACUCUCCUACUCCCUUCACCCUGCCGCCUGCCAGCAAGAAGAGCUUUCAGAAAGACAUCCUCAAACUUAUGAUGGACGGGAUAAAAAUCAGCUUGGGCAGCACGGGUCGAGGAGGAGCCCCACACCAGCAGUGGCGAAGGAUCCUAUGGUCGUGUCGGGACACUUUUCGGGUCCAAAUCGGCCGCUUGCUUGUGCACACGCUCAGCCCCGCUCUUCCCCUGUCUGACAGGAAGGAGGCGCUGGAGUUUGUGUUUGAUCCCAGACAUUUGGAUAUCCUCAAAGAGAGCCUCAGCCCGGGUCUAGAGCAUGGACCGAAGCUGUCACUGUACUUGUAUGACAUGCUGCACGAUCACAAGGACAGCCUCACCAGAGACGAACAGAACACCGUGGGUGUAUUCAUGACCUCGCUCAAGCUUUGUGGCCACCGCUGCAUCCCACCCAAUGCUCCACACAAACAAGACUUGCUCAAGGCAAUAAAAGAGGAAAAAAUCAAAUAUGAAGCAGACGAGAAAACAAGCAAAGUGGCAUGGGAAAAGAAAAUGGCCAACACUCAGAGGAAUCUUAUCCAGAGGCUAGAUGGAAAGUCCAAGGACAUUUCCAAGAUUGCAGCUGAUAUCACUCAGAAUGUGUCUCUGCGACAAGGCAUGGAGAGAAAGAAAGUCAUCCAGCACAUCAGGGGACUCUACAAGACUGACCUCAGCGCCAGCCGCCACUGGCAGGAGCUGGUGCAACAACUCACACAUGACCGUGCGGUUUGGUACGAUCAGACAUCCUACCCAACGUCCUGGCAGCUGGACCCCACUGAAGGCCCGAACCGGGAGAGACGGCGGCUACAGAGAUGCUAUCUCACCAUUCCUAACAAAUACCUGCUCAAAGACAGAUGUAAGCCUGAAGACACAGUGAAGCCACCGUUGUCCUUCCUGUUCGAGGAUAAAACCCACUCCUCCUUCUCCUCGACUGUCAAAGACAAAGCCACCAGUGAGCCCAUCAGGUUCACCAGACGGUGCAUCAGCGUAGCCCCCUCCAGAGAGACAGCAGGGGAGCUACUUCUGGGAAAGUCUGGGAUGUACUUUGUGGAGGACAACGCUGCUGAUGCUCAUGACAACCAGAGCCUUCAUGGGGAGACCGAAGCACCUUCUUUCUCCUGGACGUACGAGGAGAUCAAGGAGGUGCACAAGCGCUGGUGGCAGCUAAGAGACAACGCUGUAGAGAUAUUCCUCACCAACGGCAGGACCCUGCUGUUAGCCUUUGAUAAUACCAAGUUCCGUGACGACGUCUACCACAACAUCCUGACCUCUGAUCUGCCCAACCUACUGGAGCAUGGAAACAUUACAGCACUCACUCAGCUGUGGGGGUCGGGUCAGAUCUCUAACUUCGAGUACCUCACGCAUCUCAACAAGCACGCGGGCCGCUCCUUCAACGACCUCAUGCAGUACCCGGUGUUCCCCUUCAUCCUGCGAGAUUACAUCAGUGAGACGAUCGACCUGCAGGACCCGAACAUCUACAGGAAUUUAAGCAAACCCAUCGCAGUCCAGUCGAAAGAGAAAGAGGAUCGCUACGUGGAUAACUACAGGUACCUUGAAGAGGAGUACAAGAAGGGCAUUCGAGAGGACGACCCCAUGCCUCCUGUGCAGCCUUACCACUACGGCUCACACUACUCCAACAGCGGCACUGUGCUGCACUUCCUGGUCCGAAUGCCUCCCUUCACCAAGAUGUUCCUUGCGUAUCAGGACCAGAGCUUUGAUAUUCCGGACCGGACGUUUCACUCCAUGAACACCACGUGGCGCCUGUCCUCCUACGAGUCUAUGACUGAUGUGAAAGAGCUCAUCCCAGAGUUUUUCUACCUCCCAGAAUUCCUGGUCAACAGAGAGGGUUUUGAUUUUGGUGUUCGUCAAAAUGGUGAGAGAGUGAAUCAUGUGAACUUGCCACCCUGGGCCCGCAACGACCCGCGCCUUUUCAUCCUGAUCCACCGACAGGCGCUGGAGUCGGACCAGGUCUCCCAGACGCUGUGCCAGUGGAUCGACCUGGUGUUUGGGCUUAAGCAGAAAGGCAAAGCGGCUGUCCAGGCCAUCAACGUCUUCCAUCCAGCUACCUAUUUUGGCAUGGACGUUUCGGCCGUAGAAGACCCAGUGCAGCGACGGGCCCUCGAGACGAUGAUCAAGACAUACGGACAGACACCCAGGCAGCUCUUCAACGGCUCUCAUGUCAGCAGGGCCGGUCCCAAACUCAUGAUGGAGGGGGAGCUGCCGGCAGCCAUGGGUCUCCUGGUUCAGCUGGCCUUCAGAGAAACCCGAGAACAGGCCAAGGAAAUAGUCUGCCCGAGCCCACUACCGUGGAUCAAAGGUUUGAAGUGGGGCGAGUAUGUGGGUUCACCCUCUGCUCCAGACCCGGUGGUGUGUUUCAGCCAGCCGCACGGGGAGAGGUUCGGAUCCCUGCUGGCUCUGCCAACGCGAGCCAUCUGCGGGCUGUCCCGCAAGUUCUGCCUCAUGAUGAUUUACAGCAAGGAGCAGGGUGUUCGGAGCAUGCACAGCACAGACAUCCAGUGGUCGGCCAUCUUGAGCUGGGGCUACGCAGACAACAUAUUGAGGCUGAAGAGCAAGCAGAGCGAACCUCCCAUCAACUUUAUUCAGUGUUCGCAACUUCACCAGGUGACCAGCUGCGCCUGGGUGCCCGAUGGCUGCCAGUUAUUUACGGGCAGCAAGUGUGGAGUCAUCACCGCCUACAGCAACCGCUUCACCAGCACCACGCCUACAGAGAUGGAGGUGGAGUCUCAGGUUCACCUGUACGGACACACAGGGGAAGUCACCGGCCUGUUUGUCUGCAAACCCUACAGCAUCCUCAUCAGUGUCAGCAGAGAUGGCACCUGUAUCCUCUGGGACCUCAACAGGCUCUGUUACGUACAAAGCCUCACAGGCCACAAAAGCCCGGUGACGGCAGUGUCUGCCAGCGAGACCACGGGUGACAUCGCGACAGUUUGUGACUCAGUGGGCGGCGGCAGCGACCUGCGCCUGUGGACGGUGAACGGUGACCUAAUCGGUCACGUCCACUGCAGGGAGAUUAUCUGCUCCGUGGCCUUCUCCAACCAGCCCGAGGGCGUGUCAGUGAACGUUAUCGCAGGUGGGCUGGAGAACGGUGUCGUCAGGUUGUGGAGCACCUGGGAUUUAAAACCUGUGAGAGAGAUCACCUUUUCCAAGUCAAGUAAACCCAUCAUCAGCCUCACGUACUCAUGUGACGGCCACCACCUCUACACAGCCAACAGCGAGGGCACAGUGAUGGCGUGGUGUCGGCGGGACCAGCAGCGCAUGAAGCUGCCCAUGUUUUACUCCUUCCUGAGCAGCUAUGCCGCAGGCUGACUGUGUGUCUGACGUUUACUACUGUCCAGUUCUCAGCAAGAGGAGCCCCUUCUCUUCUUCUUUCUCCUCCUCCUCCUCCUCCUCCUCCUCCUCCUCCUCCUCCUCACGGAGAAGGACGUGUCAGCAUGGCCUGAACCUACUGAACCCAUCCUGACUUUUAACUAAUGCCAUCCCCAGCUGGGCAAACUCUACCACAGUUACUCCCAGCAUUAAGAAAUGAUAAUGAAAAUAGUAUUAUAUGUAUAUAAAUAUAUAUAUAUAUUUAUAAAUGUACUGAAGUGGAAUGUUGAUGGGUGAAUAUUUGGCUGGCUGCAACAGACACUUUAUACAAAAUGCAUUUCUGAGAGUGUGUUGCUUUGUGAAGUCUUUUAUUAUUUAGUUUCUUGCUGUUGAGUCUGGAGUUUUUGUUGUGCAACGAUCUUUGCCUGAUGUUGAUUUAGCUGUUUCCCGGUAAGCUGCUACCGUCUGGCCAAAGCCAGACCCAAAGUGUGAAGACCCCCCCCGUCUCUCACCUCAGCGGCACUCGAAUCUCCUGCGGCGAGCCGUCUGACAAACUGCUCCCGUAGCUCGGCGAGUGCGUCGCCCUGACUCUGCAGCAGCCAGGAGGGAGGGAGCCCCUCCUCACGUCUGUCACAGGGAGACGUCCCGCUCUGUGGGAGUGAGACGCCGCUCUGCUGGGCUGUCUGCUCCACUCAAGUCUGAACACUAGUGUCGCGGCCCUGCAUCACUUCGUAUCUGAGUUCAGUGGAGGGAUGAGGGGGACGUCAGGAUGAAUUGUUCCUUGUGUUGCCUGUUGGUCUGUCCUACUUUUGCAUGCUAGAAUGAUGCUGACCUUGACUGUGUAUGUGGAUGUGACAUUUCCUGUCAUGAUACUUUAUUAAGACCUGCCUUGGUUGAA